UGCCCCCACAUCUCGCCCCGGCCCGCCCUGCACGGCCAAGAUGGCGCUGGCGGUGGGAGUGCGCGUCCGUGCGCGCGCGCUGCUCCGUGCGGGGGCCCAGUUCCGGGGCCCGGUCCUCGGGCGGCCGGAGCCAGCAGCCGGCGGCGGGGACGGCACGCGGCGCUUCGCGAACCUCCGGGUGCUGGUGGAGCCGGACCCGGCCGCAGGGGUCGCUGUGAUGAAACUGAAGAGCCCACCAGUGAACAGCCUCAGCCUGGAGUUCAUGACGGAGUUCCUCAUCAGCCUGGAGAAGCUGGAGAAUGACAAGGCCUUCCGCGGCGUGGUCAUCACUUCGGAUUGCCCCGGUGUCUUCUCGGCUGGCCUGGACCUGACAGAGUUGUGCGGGCAGAACCCAGCCCACUACACCGAGUACUGGAAGGCAGUGCAGGAGCUGUGGCUGCGGCUCUUCCUCUCCAACAUGGUGCUGGUGGCUGCCAUCAAUGGGGUCUGCCCCGCUGGAGGCUGCCUGAUGGCCCUCACCUGCGAUGUCCGUGUCCUAGCCGACAACCCCAAGUUUGUCAUAGGACUGCAGGAAACCCAGCUGGGCAUCGUCGCCCCCUUCUGGUUGAAAGACAACCUCGUGAACACCAUCGGGCACCGAGCCUCGGAGCAUGCCCUGCAGCUGGGGCUGCUCUUCCCGCCAGCCGAGGCCCUCCAGGUGGGCAUAGUGGACCAGGUGGUGCCCGAGGACCAGCUGCAGAGCACGGCGCUCUCAGUGAUGGCCCGCUGGAUGGCCAUUCCAGACCAUGCUCGACAGCUGACCAAGGCCAUGAUGCGAAAGGCCACGGCAGACAGCCUGAUCAAACAUCGUGAUGCCGACAUCCAGAAUUUUGUCAACUUUAUCUCCAGAGACUCCAUUCAGAAGACCCUGCAGGCGUACUUACAAAAGCUCAAACAAAAGAAAGGCUAGCGUCUGGCCUGCCACAGGGCUUUUAGCCACGUGUGCCCCUCUGGGGGCCUGUGGUCCCAACAGGGUCUUAAGGUAUUUUUCAACUUUAAAGUACUUUUAGCUCUGUUCUGCUAA